AACAGCUGCCAGGACUUUCACCGGUGCCACUAAUUUCUCAACAAAACUUACGAGACUUAAACAACCCAACGUUUCCCUGCAAAGAAAAGAACGUAGAAAAAAAGAGAAAAGCAAAAGGUUAAUCAUUUAUCUAUAUUUUUUGUGUUUACUCUUAGUGGGGGUAUAACAGCACCUGGUAAUCUAAAGACCCGUUCGGACUGAAACGAUAAACGGAACGAAUCCGGGAUUCCCGUGUCUUACCCAAGGUACCUACAUAUCAUGGCCGACACACAUCCGGACUCCGGCCUCCGGAAGCGCCGCGCAAGCUUCGUACAAUCCGCCAGGGAUGUAGAGCAGAAGAUCGCCUCGGCGUUGCUUGUGCUGUGGGAUGACCUGCCGUCUUGGCGGCGCGAUAACCAUUACAUCGUCACGGGAUAUCGUCCGGACAGCAACAGCUACUGGCGGUCCUUCACCUCGAUCUUCUACGUCCAUAACGAUUUCGUUAACAUCUGGACGCAUCUCCUCGGCGCCAUCUUCUUUACCUCUGUGGGAGCUUGGUUGUAUCAUGUCAUCGCACCUCGAUACGCAUCUGCCAGCAGCUUGGACGUGUUGGUGUUCGCCUGUUUCUUUACUGGCGCAGUUCUGUGUCUCGGUAUGAGCGCUACAUUCCACACCCUUUUGAAUCAUUCCGCGGAAGUAGCAAAGUGGGGGAACAAGCUGGAUUACUCGGGCAUCGUUUUCCUUAUCGUGGGGAGUUACGUUCCGGCCCUCUAUUACGGUCUAUUCUGCAUACCGAAACAAAUGACGAUCUAUUUGUAUGGGAUAUUCAUUCUAGGUUUUGGCUGUGGUGUGGUGUCUUGGGUAGAACAGUUCCGGACACCACGUUGGAGACCCUAUCGAGCGGCCAUGUUUGUGGGCCUGGGUGUAUCUGGAGUUGUCCCCAUCUGCCAUGCGAUUUGGAUAUACGGCUAUCGGAUACUCAAUGAACGUAUGGGUCUUAACUGGGUUUUAUUCCAAGGAUUCCUAUACAUCUUUGGAGCGUUUCUUUAUGCAGUUCGAUGGCCUGAACGAAGUUUUCCACGGACCUUUGACAUAUGGGGUAGCUCUCAUCAGAUAUUUCAUGUCCUUGUUUUACUUGCGGCUGCAUCACAUUUGACUGGCAUGAUUAAAGCGUUCGAUCAUCACCACAGUAUCAUGGGGGGAGAAUGUUAGAAGUCCACAAUGGAACUAGUGUGGUUGUGGGGACGCAUCGUUGCCCCCUCUCGGGGAAAUUAACUAUGUACACGGAAGUGACUAGGUAAUGUGUACUCUAUCUAGAAUCAAUAGCAUUCAAUAGUCGAUCAACAGGUGGCGAGCAUAGUUAUUAUGUAUUUAUAAUGAAGGGUGGGAUUAAGUAUGUACGAAGAGUUCUGUUCGC